AUGGCACUCAAGAUGUGUGGGUGCACCUUGAGCGUGAACUCGUUCACUCACUACUACAAGAUUCAUUUUCACAAGAAGACAAUCAAGGACAAGCAGACCAAGAUCGAGAUGGUGGCCCACUAUGGGUCCUAUAACUUUGUCCCGAAGAAGACGAAAGGCACUGUGCAAAUCAUGCCAGCUUACCGGAAUAAAUGGCCAUGGUGGACCGACUACUUGUUUUACCACCGCGUGUAUUCCGAUGAGGAUGUGGUUGAGGCUUUAACCAAAGGACUACUGAAAGCACAUAUACUUGUCUCGGAGAUGAUGCCAAUGGAGGGAUUUUGCUUGGCCAAGAUUCGGGCUGAUGGGCCACGUGAUACCGAAGCUAUAGACACCUUCGCCCUGACAUCGUGCUAG